AUGGUCAAUACUCCGUCAAAUCUUGAACGAGGAAGAAGAUUAGGUUGGAUCAUGCUAUCUUUGAAAACAAGGAUAUCGAACGCCCCGCAAGGAGGAGCCGGUCUGCCAUACGAAAAGUGCAUCUCCGGAGGGUUACAAGCUGCUGACGAAAUAUAACAGAGGGAAAAAAUCGGUAAAGAAAGAGAAUCUUUUUGGAGUCUGCAAUUACAUUACACCAUCGACUCCAAACGCCAAAACCCUCUCUGACUUCCGUACACCUCCCCACUCUGUCCACCACUUUUAAUCAUUCCUUCUUCUCAGUGCUCCCUUCAGUCUCCUUCCAUGUCUAUCGUUUUCAAGCACAGUCUCUCUGUCUGAUCCCCCCCCCUCAUAAUCUCUCAGCGGGCCACGUUUAAUUGGCGGGAACCAACUGUCAAUUUUUGAUACCUGGCUAAUUAAAUAUCUCCACCGUAUAAAAUCUCAAUCGGAAGUUGCAGUGGGAUUACUUGAACGCUUGUUUUGAUGGCUAACCCGUCUGGGAACCAUCAGGAGCAAACCCAUGUUUCGUCUUCGUUCAACGGUGUUAGUGGUGCCAAUCCCAACAACGGCAGUUCCGCUCCGGAGAGUUCAGGUGCCGCUCUAGCCAUGAAACACAACCCGGGUAUAGCCUUGGAUUGGACGCCAGACGAGCAAGCCAUACUUGAUGAGGGACUCGCAAAGUUCACCUCAGAAUCUAACAUAAUACGCUAUGCAAAGAUAGCCCUACAACUACAGAACAAGACAGUUCGGGAUGUUGCACUCCGUGUUAGAUGGAUGAAUAAAAAAGAAAAUAGCAAGAGAAGGAAGGAUGAUUUGACAAGGAAAAGUAAAGAUAAAAAGGAAAGAGUUUCUGAUCCAUCGACAAAGUCAUCUCAAUUUGCCACCCGGUCUAAUAUUUCUCCAUAUGCUCCACCAAUGAUUAUGAUGGACAAUGAUGAUGGCAUUUCCUACAAAGCUAUUGGAGGUCCCACAGGUGAAUUAUUGGAGCAAAAUGCACAGGCUUUGAAUCAAAUAUCUGCAAAUCUAGCUGCUUUCCAGAUACAGGAGAACAUUAAUCUAUUCUGCCAAACAAGAAAUAACAUUCUUAAAAUUAUGAACGACUUGAAUGACUUGCCAGAGGUGAUGAAGCAAAUGCCACCUCUACCCAUAAAGGUGAAUGAAGAGUUAGCCAACUCCAUUCUUCCAAGAACAAACCUCCCGACGCAAUCAUGAUGAUGCUCAACGUUCAUUCAUCUCGUUCCGGCUUGUCUUUCCAUAUUUCUGCCUCCAGGGGCACACCAAUAAUAUUCCCACCCUCGUGUGAGGAGUAAAGUGUUAAUCUAUCUAGUUGACCCGACUUUUAUUUAUUUAUUUUUUUUCAAAGAAACAGGGAAACGGGAAGAAGAAACAAUCAAAUAAGUGUUGAGAAUCAUCAAGUUGAAUUAGCGUUCGUUAUUGUUGUUAUUAUUAUUGGUUUUCCUGUUUUUGGUUCUUUUAGUGGGCUCCAUCUUUAUUGUACGAGUAGGGAGUAUUCGUCAUGGUAAUCGUCAGUUGAAUUUAGGAAAUAAGAUUUAUUAAGGGCACUGAGUUUCACUGAUGUUCUCAGUUGAAUCUGUUAGUGCGUUUCAUUCGCUUUAUAAGGAAUAGUGGUUAGUUAUCCUGUAUAUGUUAGUCUAAUCAACCUUGGAUUAUGUGGAGUGCAGCUGAGCAGUAAAUUUGCACUAUGUGGAGACUUGAUUGUUAGUUUGAUAAUUACUGUUGUUGGUUGAAA